AUGCAAUCAAAAUCAGUUUUAUCAUGUCAAGGCAUUCCUGACAUAGAAGUCAAUCAAUCGCCGCCACCCAAUGAUCCUGAUGUUGAAAAGCAUUGGAACAAGUUGUUGUUAGAGUUAUCAGGAUUAGAGUUUUGCUUUUUAAAUUCAUCGAGUAGUCGACUUGUAGCAGAGUCGUAUGAAGGUGCACAUGUUCUACGUGGACUGGACAAUGAUCAACGGAAUACAACUAUCAUCUCGCAUGCAGUUUACUUACCUUUAGUAAUAUAUCCUAAUGCAGAAUUUAUUUAUCAUGUACCGUAUUUACUGACAGCUCAAAUGCGUGGUCGCCAUAUCGGUAUUCAAGGUCAAUUGGCUUUACAAAGAUUAAAUAUCUCCUUCACAAUACCUUCAGUUCAGAUUGGAAGAGAUUAUAAAAUUGCUGGAUCAAAUUUUGUACCAAUCCAUUUGAAAGCUUGUGUAACAUUUACUGCAACACAGGAUAUAUUCCCUCAAACAUUACUUCCUAGAACAUGUAAACCAAAUUCUAUGAAAGACGAUGUAUCUGCACGAAUAAGUCUUCUUGAAUGGACUAAACGCAGUGAUGUUUUCGACUCGAAUCGAUGUUAUAAACGUACUCGAAUACAAACUGAAUUCUAUGUUAAUCCACAUCUUCUACCGCGUUUGAAAGAGGUAGACAUAGCGUGUCUAUCUGAAGUGAGGUUACCCGAUCAUGGCUCCCGCCGAAUAGCCGUUCCUGGAACAGAUUCUUCAUUCUGGUUGCUUCAUAGUGGCCCCCAGAAUAAUUCGGGACAACAUGGGGUAGCAUUUGCUCUCAGUAACAAAGCCAAUAAUGCCCUAAUAUCAUUCGAACCGGUCAACUCCAGAGUUGCAGUCGCUAGGUUCAAGGGUUCCCCGCUCGACAUUUCUGUUCUCGCUGUCUAUGCCCCAACCCUCGACUCUGAUGAAAGUAUCAAAGACGAAUUUUAUGACAAUCUUCAAGAGGCAAUCAACAAAAUCCCAAAGCGUGACGUUCUCAUAGUAGCCGGCGAUUGGAACGCCCGCACUGGCCCUUCAGACGACGCGACAAAACAUAUACUAGGCAAACACGGUCUCGAUCAGCGCUGCCGUAAUGGUGAUAGACUUUUAUCUUUUUCUGAUUACAAUCGAUUAUAUAUCACCAACACUCGAUUUCAACACCCCAGAAAACAUCUUCUCACCUGGUAUUCGAACGACGGUCGCACUGCACAUCAGAUCGACUACAUCCUAGUGCGCUCACGCUGGAUCUCCUCGGUGGAAGACUGUCGAUCCUAUCGUGGAGCAGAGGCCGGAAAUAAAGGGGGAUCAGACCAUACUCUAGUUAGGGCGAAAUUCAAACUUCGUUUAACGACACGCCAGAAGACGCGACCUCCGAAGCGUAUCAAUGUUGCCCCGCUUCAAUGUUCUACAAGACGACAAGCCUUGUCCAAACAAAUCCAGGCCGAACUAAGCACCGCAGAUGAACCAACAUCCACAUCUUCUAAUACACCCGAGACACGAUGGAAUCAUUUCAAAGAAGUAGUCUCUAAAGCUUCAAUGACGCAUUUGGGUACCACAUCCAAGAAGCAGAAAGACUGGAUUUCAGAGCACACCAUGCUUCUAUCCUCGCAAGCCAGAGACGCUCGCCUAGCAAAGUCUCCAGUUUAUCGCUCCCUCAGGCGCAAAGCUACACAGUCUGCUAGGAACGACAGAAAUCGCUAUUGGUCUAACGUGGCGACUAACAUGGAAGCAGCAACAAAUGUAGGCGAUUUCGGAAAACUUUAUCGCCUCUUACGCCAAUCAUCUGGCAAACGCCUUAACAGUCAUGCUGUGUUACGCACAGCAUCAGGAGAAAUUAUUUCGGACACCAAUGGUCUUCCCAUAAUAAAUGAGGUAGAUAAAAAUGCUCAAGAAGCGUUGAACCAGUUGGAAUUACGUAAAAAAGCACGUUUAAUUCAAGUGUCUACUGAAGAUUCAGAAGUGAGAGCGUAUCUUCGUCAACUUGGUGAACCUGUUUGUUUAUUCGGUGAAGAUGGAGCUGAUCGCAGAGAACGAUUACGUAUGAUUCUUGCGGUUAGCGGUGGUCCAGCUCAAAGACCACCACUGCCUGAUACAUCAACAAAAUCAUCUACUGAGACCAGUAGUAGUGGUACAGUAGUGAAUCGAUCAGGUGAAAAGGUCUCCAGUGAAUUUGUAGGCGAUGACACUACAGUUUGGUAUCAUCAAGGUCCUGAUAGUCUUGCAGUAGCACGUCAAUGGAUAGCUGAAUUUUCGUUGACUCGUGCUAAAGUACGCUUGGAUAGAGCUAGAACUUAUUAUGCCAAUGCACCAGCCUCUCAACGUAAAGCUAAACAACAAGAAUAUCAUAAAGUUCUUCGAAACACAAAUCUAUUGUGUAGUCAAGUUGGAGAUGUUCGACCGUUAAGUAUGUGUCGUUUUUCUCCAGAUGGUAAACAACUGGCUACAGCAUCUUGGAGUGGUCUGUGUCGUUUAUGGUCUAUGCCUGAUUGUAAUCUAGUUUUAAAUCUACGCGGGCACUCUGCUCCAGCCUGUGCUAUUGUCUGGCAUCCUCAAGCUGGUCUACAAGCUGAACAACAAUUAGCACUGGCUAGUUCAGCUCAGGAUGGUAGUGUUAAAUUAUGGAGUUUAGAUAGUGAAGAACCAUUAGCUGAUAUUGAAGGACAUGCACCGCACAGAGUAUCACGUAUAGCAUUUCAUCCAUCUGGACGUUUUUUAGCUACAACCUGUUUUGAUCAUUCAUGGCGUUUAUGGGAUUUAGAUGUAUGCGAAGAAAUUCUCCAUCAAGAAGGUCAUUCUAAACCUGUCUAUGAUGUUGUCUUUCAUCCAGACGGUUCAUUAGCCCUAACCACCGGGUUGGAUGGUUAUGCACGUGUUUGGGAUCUACGAACUGGUCGAUGUAUUAUGUUUUUAGAAGGUCAUCUUGAAGAGUUGUUAGGUGCAGAUAUCGCGGAUAAUGGGUAUCAUGCAGCGACGUCUAGUGCUGAUAAUACAGUGCGUAUAUGGGAUUUACGUCAACAGCAGGCGAUCUAUGUAAUACCUGCGCAUACGAGUGUUGUAAGCAGUGUACGAUUUGAAUCUCGGAAUUCGAAUUACCUUGUUACUAGUUCAUUUGAUAAAACAGCUAAACUUUGGGGUCAUCCUAUUUGGGCGCCAAUCAAAACACUUGAAGGACACAAUAGUAAAGUGGUAUACGCGGAUAUAUCACCGGAUAAUAAAUACAUUGCAACUUGUUCACAUGAUUUAACUUAUAAACUAUGGAGUCGAGAUGCAACCGUCUUCUAA